GCGCUCUCGCUGUGUAGCGACAAGAUGGCGGUCGCCGCCGGAUCAGCCGUUAAAGUUCCUCGCAAUUUCCGGCUCCUAGAAGAGCUGGAGGAAGGCCAAAAAGGUGUGGGAGAUGGGACAGUGAGCUGGGGUCUGGAGGAUGAUGAGGACAUGACCUUAACACGAUGGAGAGGGGUGAUCCUUGGUCCUCCUAGGACAAGCUAUGAAAACAGGAUGUACAAUCUGAAGGUUGAAUGUGGGCCAGGAUACCCAGAGUCACCACCGUUUGUCAGAUUUGUGACAAAGAUAAACUUGAAUGGCGUGCACACCUCCAACGGUGUGGUUGACAUGCAUGCGGUGACUGCACUGGCCAAGUGGCAGAACUCCUACAGCAUCCGGAUGGUGCUGCUGGAGCUGCGACGGCUCAUGACGUGCAAGGAAAACAUGAAGCUUCCUCAGCCACCCGAGGGCCAGAUCUACACCAACUGAGCCCCUGCUACUUUUGCCUCCAUCUUUUAUCCUCCUUUCCACUCCUCUCCCCCAACUCUUCUGUUUUGCUUUCAUCCCUUUAUCCCCCAUCAUCCGCCAUGUGACAUUCCACCACCUGCCAACACCUUGGCUGAGCACACACAAAGACACUCAAUCACACACACACCCAAGUAUACAAUGACAGGUACACACACACACACACACACACACACACACACACACACACACAUACAUCUGUAUACACACUUAAUGAGCAUUCAUGAAAAUCAUUCCAGGCCCCCGGCCCCCUCUCCCUUUCCCAUCACUGGAGCUCUGGGUGGACUCGAUGUGACGAGGCAGGCGGAGUCCUCAGUCCACACCAGAUAUGAUCAUUCAAAUACUGUACAUCUAACUAAUCUUUUUUUUAUUAUUAUUUGUUAAAAAAUGCAGAUUGUACAAUAACAUAAAUAAUCUUAUUGAGUGUACCUCUUUGUCUGUUGCCUUUUUGUAACAUUGAAAACGGCCACUUAACAUAAUUGCACAUAGUUCACUAGGCAGUUGGUUGCUGUAAUCAUCUCUCAAGGUUUACGUAUAAAACCCCCACACCCAGAACACAUUUAACUUGGCAAAUAAUGUGAAGAAUGUCUUGUCAUGUGGCCAGAUGUCUAAAAAUAAUAUUUAAGUCAGUGUAUGUUGACAUGGGCUUGCACAAAUUUUUUUUUUCCCCCCCCCCAACAACACCCUUAUUAAAUGCAUGAAUGCAGCUCAGCAAGGUGCCUGGAAGUGGUCACCUUAGUCACACAUGGCUUUUUUUUUCUCUUCUAUGUAAGAACUGUCCAAAGUGAACGUUGUAUCUAUGCCACUAUAUCUGAUCUUAAUAUGCAUAUUAGCAUACUGGUAGUAUGCAUAUCUGCUGUAGGUCUGCAGAAGUCCCAGUUAAACCAUGCUUGAAAACAGAAGUGAAAUCAGCUACCUCUUUUGGUCCUGUGUAACGUCAGGAGUUAUCUGACUUGUGAAACUGUCUUUGCUACUUCAUGUGACAAUUUGUUUUUACUUUCUCCACUUCUUUCAUAAAUCUUCAUGCUUUUCAUGCA